AUGUCUACCACAGAAAGACAUCAUCAUAACUUUACACUCAAAGAAAUUCGGCGCGAGGCGGCCCCGAUACCUCAUACUAGCUUGGAUUGUGCUGAUAUUCAAUCCUCACUUACAGACUCUGUCGAUGAGUGGGACGCGUCUUUGCGUCCUCUUCCGGAGGACUACAGCAUCUCCGCGAACCCGCGUCGUACCGUUCCUGCUGAAAUCGAUGACGUCGAGAGGGAGCUCGCAGGCGAGGAGGUCCAGGUAACGUUUCACUUUUCGACUUCCGUCAUGCAAUACGACGGCGUCGCGAAGAAGAUUACCGAGCAGGAUGGAAAACUUACCCUUACGCACAACUUUUACAUGGGUCAGAAUAUUGAGCAUCUCAAGGUUUUUUUAGAUGAGUUUUGUGGUCUGCCGUACGAGAAGAUUUCGCUGUAUAUAGGAAAAUUGUUGCUAAUGGAUCCACUAUCCCUCAGUGACUUGCCUUUCAAGGUGAAUGAAAGCAAUGAUAUCACGGUGAUUUUUACGGAGUAA